GAGAGAAAUUUCGUGAAUUUAACCAUUUCUACAUGUUCUAGGACAUGUCAUGGAUUCGAUCCCACCCUACAUGUACCUAGCCAUAUUAGGAUGGGCGUGGCUUUGUAACGGAUCUUGGGUCACAUCUCUACUACGCUGAGUGGGUUAGUGUCACCAUGCGAGGCCAUCUUGUUAUCAUUCUGCUUGUCAUGCUGCAGAGAGUUCAGCCACAAGACAAAGAUCUAAUGUGUGCCAGUUAUCCCUGCCUGCAUGGUGGUCUAUGUCAGGACACUCUCAACACCUACAGUUGCAAUUGCCCUCCGGAGUGGACAGGCAAAAACUGUGAACAAGAUGUGGAUGAAUGCAGCAGCAGCCCGUGCAAGAACAUGGGGCAUUGCGUCAACCGAGAAGAAGGCUUUGAUUGUGACUGCCAACAAGAAUGGACAGGACCGACCUGUGACAGACCUUCCCAAAUGACAGAAUGUGGACCACAGCUGUACACCGGUUGGCCCAGUGUUCAACUGGGGAGCAUCUCGGGCCCACCAUUCACACCCGCCAACUUCACCGACACCAUUGUGCCUUACACCUGCAGUUACACCAUCACCAAUCAGGAGGUCACGGGCAAGGUUCAGCUCAUCUUUGAUGAUUUCCUAAUGUUUGGGAGCAGGAGAAAGUUCCCCUGUUCAUGGAUCUAUUCGAAAAACGUUAUAGAGAUCUAUGAGGGCCAGUCUUCAACUCCUAUUUUAAACCAGUGCUUUGCUUCAAAUAAGCGGCCCAGUGCAAUUGUGUCCUCGGGGAAUUCCCUUCGCAUUGACUUCAAGCACCAGCAGAGCAUCUCUUACCAGUUCCCUGUCUUCCGAGCUCACUAUCGCUUUUUGGGCUCCAAAGAGCCCGCUGUUAAGCCCAGAGUGGAGACAAUUACUUUCUUUGAGGAUCGUAUCAGUCAGUUCUCUACAACAUUGUGGCGCCCAGACUCCCAUGAUAUAUUGUGGCUGUUCGUAGCACCAAAGAAGAAGCAUGUGUACUUAUCCCUCAAUCCUAUCUACAUAUCAAAGAAUGUAGGCAUCAUCCUGGACGUUCAUGACGGCAUCACGUCCUACGCUCCCAAGGUGGAGUCAAUACAUCGCAGCUAUCACUUCCCUGCCAUACAGAUCACAUCCACCAGCAAUGGGCUGUAUGUACGCUGCCACACGGGACAGCUGCUGCACCAGAACAUUACUGUGGCAGGAGUGUUUGCUUUCUAUUCAGACGCUGCUACCAGGGAAUCCUGUUCUGAAUUCUUGUGUGCCAACAACCGUUGCAUCCCCAACUACUUUGAGUGCGACGGCGUCAACCAUUGCGGGGAUGAUUCUGAUGAGAAACCGUGUCUUGGCUUGUGCCCAGAUAAAUGGUGUGCUAACGGGGGGCAGUGUCAUCAGGUGACAACUGGCUACCCACGCUGUACUUGCAAGCCGCACUUCUCAGGGGACAGGUGCCUGGAAGAAGAAGUGUGUCCCAAGGAUUACUGUAUGAAUGGUGGUAUAUGCCUGGGCCACUCAGUGUCCACACGAUAUUGCCUGUGUCAGCGACCCUAUUCAGGACUACGCUGUGAGCAAGAUAACUCAGGUUGUCCACAGUACUACUGCCAAAAUGGAGGUAGUUGUGUGGGAACCCAUGAUAGGUACCACUGUAAAUGCUCCCCAGAAUACACCGGCAUGUACUGUGAAAUGAAGAUCGUGGAAACCUAUGAGGAAGAUGGCUUUCACAACAGUCUAACUUACACCUUGAUAACGGUCAUACCAGCCUCUUUGCUACUAGUGAGCAUCUGGGUAUGCUGCAGAAUGAGACGCUGCCGUAACCCGCUGUACACCAGACAAUACCCUGAGAUGUUUGGGCAAAGAUCCCGAGAUGGCAGCUCAGUCUCAACAGAUCAUCCUUCCUCAGUUAGCAGGAGCUUGUCUCGCAUGAGUGCAGGAAGUAUGUACAGUGAUGAACCACCUCCUUACAACAUUGUGGUGCGUAACCAGCGACGCAAACUCCGCAGGCACCAUACCGUGCCGGGGCCCACACACACGUGCUCCGAACAACCCCCGCCAUCGUACGAAAGCAUCGUCAUAGCCCAGAUGGACCCACCGCCAUACAUCCACGUCCUGCAGUGCUCACACGCUAGGGGACCCCGGCGGUCCCUGGACUUGCCGCAGACUGUCAUUGAGCUGCAGGAAACCACGUCCCCACUAUUGGACGGUGUGCUGACGGGGGCUACUGGCGGGGACGGAUCAGGGGAACAGGGUCAGGGGUCGUCUGCAGGUCAGGCUGGCCUGAGCAGAGAGGGAGCGAGCGAUACUGGCAGCUUGGUGGAACAGAACUCCCUGCUAUCAUCCGGAGAGCCCUCAUCGUCAUGUGAUGUUUCACAUUCUCUCUAGGACCUCUCCUGUGCACAUCCAGUGUCUGUAAUGACACGUGUAUCAUUGGAGGUCUUGGGAUGCUGUUUUAGGGACCCAGCUCCCUGCAGGAAGCGAAGCAUUGUGGAAACCCAGUGCUUGGAGUGGUAUGGUUUCCUCAUAGUAUUUUUACUGUAAGACUUGCCCAAAGAGUGAAGUACAGAAGCCCUUCAUUGUAUGCUGCGUAUGGAACAUAAUGUCCAGCUACUUACAUCAAUAACAAUUCAGCAACAUCCAUGAUUACAUCAUGGAUGUUUGUGCCAUGAACCAUAAGCAAGAUGUACGACUUUAGCUGCGAGGCUCAUUCCAAGAAGAGACCACAGCCUGUUAAUGUAUGUUUAGUCCUUUGGACGUGAUCUUUUUGCUCCCAGAGCCCUGUCGUUUUGGCAAACAUUCUGUGCAUUCUUUGACUUAAAAAGUUCAUUUCUUGCACAACUUUUAAGCACAAGAUUGAUUCUUGAAACAAGAGAAUCAAAAAUAGAAGUACUAAAAAACAAUAUGUUAGACUCAUGACUAUUAGUAUUAUUAAUGAUAUAGUCUCAUAGGAAAGCUGCAUGAUGUGAUAAGCACAGCUUGGUGCCAUAAGCACAACAUGACACUAGAAUUGGUCCCCUUAUGCAGAAUACAUGUGUAGAGCAUUCUCACCAAGUAAUGCGACCUAAUGUACAUCAUACCUCUGUCUUGGAUACUGUUUUUCAUUGGCCCAGGAUGAUGUCAUGACAGGAUGACAUAACGGCAUGUCACACUCCCUGUUAGAUAUCACAUCAGCAAGCGUUGUAUGAUAUGAUUUGCACACAUGCAUGUGCCCUGCAGUGUACAGAAUAAUGCAGGAACCGCUGGUCGCUAAGGUUCAAAGAUUCCUUUGUCGCCUUAACUUUCCCUCUGCACCCUAUGCUUUGCCUAGGGCGCUGCGCAUCCCUUGGGUGUUCAAAAUGUCAUUUCCCACAUCACAGCAGGCAGCUACUGAUCAUUGUCGUAAAGCAGAAGCUAGGACCCUGUGGCACUGCACACAGUAUUUAGGUAGAGGCAAGCUUUCAGAGUACUGAUAAACUGGAAAAAGUAUAAGAAAAGCAUGGAGCAAGUACCCAGUGCUGGAUUAGCCCAAUAAAUAAUGGGCAACCUAAUGUGGCAUAGGUGGUGACCAUUAUGAUCGAAUUGUCCGAGUUAUUUCAUGUGAAAGUAAGACUCGCUGCCCAGUUUAGUGUACGCUGUACUGUUGCUAUCUGAAUGGUUGCCUACUGCCAGUCUUGGGUGAAACUGUGGAAUUAUUACCAACCAGCAAGUCACACAUUAUGUGGUGUCUCAAUUGAAUUUUCUUUUUGUUCAGUGCAGAAAUUUUUUGUGUAGUAUUUUUCAGCCUUGAAGGUUCAAAAUUUUGCCCACAGUGCUUGAUCCAGAGAAGACCAGUUGUCGGGUACUAACGAGUUUAAUUGAGUGCUGAGGUUACUUCACAGUUGAAAGGUUUUAACCCAGGAUGCAAAGUAUGCGAGGUCGUGUCUUAGUAAUACGUGUGGGGCUAGGCACAGCACCACACACCUGUGGAAGCCAACACACAUACUGAAAUAGGUAUCCUUGUGGAGACAGUGCUUUUGUUCUCAUGUACGAAAACAUUGGAUGUAAAAAGCUGUUUUCAAAAUGCUCCAGGCUGGAAUUUCAACCAAAUGUCCCUUGUAUAAAUUACUUCAAUUUGCUACAGAUACUUACACGUUGAAAAUUCCUCCUCUUUGAGUAAUUUCCAAAUUCUUCUUUCCAACUUUCUAUUUCAUCCAUGGAAUCUCUCUGUGGAGAUCUUUUCAACCUAUUCUGCUGGGUCUCCACCUGGAAGCCACUAGCCAAUUUGGAAUCGGCUAGUGGCUUUGUACAUUUUCCACACAUACACGUUGUUCAAGCCAUUAUUGAUUUAAUUCGGACACAGCUUGAGUCUCAGUGAGGGGAGAGUGUCAGAUGUACAUGAGCGCCAGCACCGUAGUUGUGGGGACACACACUCGACAUUUCACCUAUUUUGUGUGGACCGAACACGUUGUGGAGACUCAGAAAUGUCCCUACCACUUGGUUCAAAUUUCCCCAACAAAAGAACUUGUCCCCUGAAUGCAGAGAAUGCGUACCCAUGUAUUUCAACCAGACAACACCUUAUUAUUCACUAAUUUGUGACUUGAAUUUGUGUAAACAGUAGUGCAAUUUCUGUAUUUUCUAAGUUUUUAUAUAAUUCCACUAUUGUACCCAGUCACUGUCUUGUAUUUUAGCAAUAUCUUGACAGUUUAUAAUGGUAUUGUUACCAAUACUGUUAAAUUUUUUUGGAGACUGAAGCAUGUAUUCUUGACUAAUUUGUGAAGGGUUGUGUUUAAAGUUUUUAAUGCUUUUAGCUCGUUUGCCAAUCCCUUAUUGCAUUCUUGCCAGAUGUAAAGAACAAAUGCUGUAUUUAGGCUUGGAUUUAGGUUGCAUGGAAUUGUGGGAAAGUUUGCUAAAGUGUAAAAGUGUAAGAAAGUACUGUUGCUCCUUUAAGUGGUUUUGGAACCCUUCGGAAACACUGGAGAAUGUUAUCAUGCUCAGAGAGCCACGUAACAAGAUUUACAAUGGAUAGUUUCCCAAUUAACUAAGUUCCCUGCCUGGUUUGCAGUAGUUUAACUAGGUUUUUAAUCGGGUCAACUUGAUUUCGCAGCCAAACCUUAAUGGGAUAUUCCACUGAAUUAACCAAUCCUUAACCCUGGUUCCUGCCGUAUUUACAAACAUUCAUCGGGGCUCCUGCUAGGUUUGCUAAACCAGUACAAGGUUUCCUGUAAGAUUUAUCAAGCUAUAAGUAGUUUGCCUAUCUUGUUGAACCAAGAUUUGUAAUGGGGUUCACUAAACCAGAACAAAAUAACCAUCAUCUGCACCUAAGUCUAGCAUUUUUAAAGAUGGUCACAUGGUAUUAAUACUGACUGGUUUCCUCUUACUUGGUCAUUUGGGCCAAGAAAAGUAUUCAGUUUAUACUUUGAAAAGUUUAUCCAGGUGGAGGAUAACAUUUAAGAUCUACUCGUAACUUACCUGGAAGUGCUUUUGAUCUCAAAGCUACUUAUGCAUUGGAACAAAUACAAAGACACACACCAGCAAUAAAAUACAUGCAAAGAGCGACUCCAAGUUGUUUCACAGUGGAGCGCUAUAUUCUGGAUAUUUUCUUUGCUGAGAUAGCACUUGCAAGCAGAUAUACAAAGUGUUUUGCAUGAUGUACUUUUGCAUGCAUUAUUACAUCUACUGUAGUAGCAUCCAACGCACUUCAUUGUUGGAGAAUCUUGGCUGUGAAAACAAGCUUUGAUCAUUUUCUUGCCCGUAUCUGGGGAGGGGGCACAUGAUUUAUUUCACAAGGACCUGGAUCACAAUCAGUAAACUGUGAUUGGUCUACAAACACCAAAAGCCCCACAGUGAAUGGUGCGAACCAGCUUUGGAACCACUGAUAGAGAUCAGUGAUCAGAUCUCGAUCAAAUCUCAAACAGGCCCAGUGUUAGCCUUUGAUCAAGGCGCCUGCGGCGAAAUGGAUAGUCGCUCAAGAGCGAGGAGCUGGAAGAGACUAGUUUAAGCACCAAACCGACGUACAAAGAAAGACUACACAGUCCAUGAUGCACUCAGCUCGGCUACUACAUGGUUAAUUUCAGGCGUGGGUGUGGUCCAUCGUGUAGUCUUUCUUUGUGAAUUGGUUUGGUGCUUAAACUAGUCUCCUCCAGCUCCUCACUCUUGAGCGACUAUCCAUUUCGCCCCAGGUGCCUUGAUCAAAGGCUAGCCCAAUCAGUGAUCUUUGCUAUGCAUAAAUUUACAUUACUGUAGCAUAUUUGCCUCACAUUUCAUGUGAAGCGUCAGUGUGGUUUAAGAUGUAAAGUUACCCUUCUUUGGCAUUAAAGAAAUAUAUAGACUUCCAGUUUUAUAAACGUGUGUAGCCAGAGGUUUUGGAGAUAUUUGAAAAUCUUUGAUGGUGAUAUUAGGGCAUUCCUUUUUAACUGAGGUUCUCAUUUUCAACCGAGGAAGAAAAAGAUUUGUUUAUAUGUAACAAAAAGGAUAUUCUGUCCAGCUUUGUGGUGAAAACUGGACAGUAAUGUUCAAUAUUACAUUAUAUUUGGACAUUCGCAUUUUUUCUAUGAGGAUUACAUACACCUGUGCAGCAGUACUGGUCCAUGCCACAUUGAUGACUAACAUGUAUUCAAAUCAUUCAAGUCCUUUCAGGACUUUAUCGGUGACUGAAUCUGAAACUACAAGCAAUGAAUAACUAUGUAUUUAUAAGAUGGCAUCAAACAUUAGUUGAUGCCAGGUUCAAAUUGAGUUCAUUUUAUGUAGCAAAAACCAAAAGUCAUCAGAGAUGUGCGUAAUAUUCUUAUUUCAACAUUAUCCAAUCAUACAUUGACAACUUUGCGUUUUGUGUAGCCUUAUGUGCUUUCCACAUGAGGAUGUUUUCACCCAGGAACUUUCAUUUGGUUUGACUGACCCUCCCAGGCCAUAAAAUGAGAACCAUUUAGUGGGAAAGGAAUACCCCCCAAGAUGAAAGCUGCACAUUGUACAUUUCCCAUUGCACAAACUGUAAUCAUGACAUUCAGUAGUUGAUGCAUGUAAAACUACAGAACUAUAUUAGAUGGGGAUCUACUCUUUGAAAAGGUGCUGCAACAAAGUAUAGCAGCUUCAUAGUUGCCGCAAAAGCAAACAUAAAUGCAAAUUGGGGACGUCAGAUCAAAUAUUCGCUGCGACUUUGCAAAAGUUGAACACAUUUCAACCGGUGUGAAGUUUGGUUGCAAAUCUUUCGCAACAUCACAUUUGCUUGGCUUUCACUUUCGCCUGUUGUAUAAACCAGGAUUGAUGUAAGUUUCUUCAGCGCGGCGUACUUGACGAGCGCAGCAUGGAACUGUACUUACCUUUAGUCUAGGUCUGCAUUUAGUACCAGCAGAUGUUUUGGUUGUAAUGCAGUGCAUUCAGAGUUAUUUGAAUAAAAGUAUGACUGAUGCUUGAUGUGGAGUGCAGUACAAUGCAACUUCACCAAGGACACCACGUUAGUUGCCUUCCUGUACCAGUUGUAUCUUAACUUUGUGUAAGAUUUCCUCUAAUAAUUUCAAAUGAUAUGCUUUCACGUAAUGCUUAGGUCAAAUUUUAUUGAUCUAUGGACUUUAAAGAUAAAUAUUAAAUAAAUGAAUGCAACAAAAGGGCAAAGACUA